GAUUCCUCCCCCGCCGUCUGCACCGUCUCGACCUUUUCAUCUUUUCUGCUGCAUUCUCUCCCUUGUUGCUGUCUCUGCUUUGGAUGCAUCGUCCGUAUUCCGUACCUUGCUUUCGCUGAGUUGGGCUGCAUCGGAUCGGCCCCUACCCAAUCGCCGCCAAUACGUUGUUGUCCGGCGCAACGUCAGACCUUCGCCUCGCCCUGGUGCCUUGCCCUUGUCCUGCCGAGCCAAAAUCUCCGGCCUCUCUCUCUCCUCCAGCUCAAUUGAUCUUCCUCGUGUCAGCUCCCCUCGUUGUACCGAUUCCACGCCCACUUUCAAACUACCACCUCUGCUGGCACGUCCGGCAGUCCACCUAUUACAGUCCAGAAGAUCUGAGGGGCUUGUUCGCGUCACAGUCACAGUCCGUGACAAUCCGGCAAGAUGAUUGGCAGUCUCUUCUUUAUCUGCAACCGCAUUGUGGAGUUGCUCUUCCUGAUUCCGAUCGUGGGAAUGAUGGCAUACUUCGUCAACGGCUACCUCAAUGCGAAUGAGAUCACUCCCCCCUACGUUCUAGUCAUCUUCAUCGUUAGCGUCAUCGCUGCCUUCUGGUGCCUCGACACCCUGAUCCGCUUCUCGACCACCAAGCGCUCGGCUAUCUUCGUCGCCUGUGUCGAUCUUCUCUUCUUCGGCGCUUUCAUUGCUGGUGUCUAUGAGCUGCGCUUUAUUGCCGGGGCGAAAUGCUCGCACUGGGAUGGAGGCUCCGUUUACAUCUCGCUGGGUCCGUUUGGGUACUAUGGCUACAGGGAUGGCAACCCUCUGUCCUUCCACAUCGACAAGACCUGCGCCAUGCUGAAGGCCUCCUUUGCCCUGGGGAUCAUCGAGAUCGUCCUGUUCUUCUGGACGGCCAUCCUGGCUCUCGCCAUCUACCGCAGACCGGACGUGAUUGUGAAGGAGACCACGACUGUCCGCCGGAGGAGCCACAGCAGUCGAAGGGGUCACCGGCGCCACAGCAGCUCCGGUCGCCGGCACCAUUAUGAGGUAUGAGAUGGGAACAAAUUCACGAAGAAACAUAUGAUGGGAGAAUACAGAUUAAUGAUUGAAAUGGAUAACGCGCAACGACGAGAGAGAGUAAUAAAAACGACACAACCGACUCUGAUGAAAAGAAUGAAACCCGAAACGAAACCGAGAGCGCAACCCUCAGUGACCGAUGCACAUGCACUUGAUUAACGGGAUACGAUAUGAUAGCAACCACCAUGAUGAUAAUGUUUUCCUUUUGAGCUGUUUACAAGUCCUUAUGACUUUUUUUUUCUUUUUCUUCUUUUUUUUCACCAUCUUGUGCUAUUGGCCAAUGAAUCUUCCAUAAGGAAAGCCUUUAAUGGGCUUGUAUUUCCGGACGCGAAGACCGUGCUAGCUUG